UACUGUCAUGGAAGCCUCCAUGCGCACAACCAGACAGUGUCGGUGCUGCCAUUAGUGCAGUUAUACCAUGGUGUAGAUAAUACUGUAGUAUUUCAUAUACCGAGUAUUUCAUUUCGAUAUGAGGUAUCUGCUCAGACUGAGGCUGCCGCUCGCUCGGCUUCAGACCCGUCUGUGUCACCAGAGUGUUUACAGCAGCCAUGCAAACCCACGCAGAGUUGGAGUGGACAUUGGAGAGAAGAAACUUGAGAUCUCUUCUGGGAGGUUUGCCAGAUUUGCUGAUGGAUCCGCUGUAGUUCAGCUGGGGGAGACGUCUGUGAUGGUGACCGCUGUGAGCAAAACCAAACCCUCUCCGUCUCAGUUCAUGCCUCUUGUGGUGGACUACAGGCAGAAAGCAGCAGCUGCUGGUCGAAUCCCCACCAACUAUUUGAGGCGAGAGCUGGGCACCACUGAUAAUGAGAUUCUCACUAGUAGACUCAUAGACAGGUCGAUUAGACCUCUUUUCCCUGCCGGUUACUUUUAUGACACUCAGAUCCUUUGUAACCUGCUAGCUGUUGAUGGUGUCAAUGAUCCAGAUGUGCUGGCUAUCAAUGCAGCUUCUGCUGCUCUGGCGCUGUCUGACAUCCCCUGGAAUGGACCUGUUGGUGCUGUUCGCGUGGGCAUGGUAGAUGGACAGUUGCUGAUCAACCCCACUCGGGCAGAGAUGACUGCCAGUAGUCUCAAUUUGAUUGUGGUGGGAGCCCCUUGUAGUCAAGUGGUGAUGAUUGAGGCAUCGGCUGAGAACGUGCUGCAGCAGGACUUCUGCCAUGCGGUGAAGGUGGGAGUCAAACACACCCAGCAGAUCAUACUGGCCAUCCAGCAGCUGAUGCGGGAGCAGAAAGUUACCAAGCGCACCCCAGUCAAAGUCUUCUCAGCCCCCGCUGACAUGGUGGAAUAUGUUCGCAGAGUAGCUUCAGAGAGGAUCUAUGCUGUUUUCACAGAUUACACUCAUGAUAAGAUUUCUAGAGACGAAGCCAUCAACAAAGUUCGACUAGAAACUGAAGAGGAUGUAAAAGAAAAAUAUCCUCAAGCUGAGCCUUUUGAAGUCAUUGAGUCCUUCAACACUGUGAGCAAAGAAAUCUUCCGCAAUUUGGUGCUUAAUGAGUACAGAAGGUGUGAUGGGAGGGCGUUGACUGCGUUAAGGGACAUUUCUUGCAGUGUAGACCUCUUUAAACCUCUUCAUGGCUCAGCUCUGUUUCAGAGAGGACAAACACAGGUGCUGUGCAGUGUCACAUUUGAUUCACUGGAAUCCAGUAUCAAAGCAGAUAUCAUCACCACAGCUUUAAGUGGCAUCAAAGACAAAAACUUCAUGCUUCAUUAUGAAUUCCCUCCAUAUGCAACAAAUGAGGUUGGAAAGGUGGGAGGUAUAAACAGGAGAGAGCUUGGACAUGGCGCCCUGGCCGAGAAGGCUCUGAGACCAAUCAUACCUAAAGACUUCCCUUUCACUAUCAGGGUCACUUCUGAGGUGUUGGAGUCAAAUGGAUCCUCAUCAAUGGCCUCAGCUUGUGGAGGCAGCCUUGCUCUCAUGGAUGCAGGUGUGCCCAUCUCUUCUGCUGUGGCAGGUGUCGCUGUUGGCCUCAUCUCUAAACCCAACCCAGAGAAACCUGCUGAGAUCCUGGACUACAGAUUACUUACUGAUAUUCUGGGAAUUGAGGAUUACCUCGGAGACAUGGACUUCAAAUUGGCAGGAACAAACAAAGGCAUCACUGCUUUACAGGCUGACGUUAAGAUUCCAGGUUUGCCUCUGAAGUUGGUCAUGGAGGCUAUCCAGCAAGCCACAGUGGCAAAGAGGGAAAUCUUGGGCAUCAUGAACAAAUGUAUAGCAAAACCAAGAGAGACCAGGAAGGAAAAUGGACCUGUUGUUGAGAAUGUGCGGGUACCUGUCUCUAGACGAGCCCGCUUUGUUGGUCCAGGAGGCUAUAACCUUCGCCGGCUACAAGCUCAAACAGGUGUGACAAUAAGUCAGGUGGACGAGGAGACUUUCUCUGUGUUUGCCCCAACGCCAGGAGCCAUGAACGAAGCCCAAGAGUUCAUCAGUGAGAUCUGCAAAGACGAUCAAGAACAGCAGCUGGAGUUCGGUGCUAUCUAUACUGCUACCAUCACUGAAAUAAGGGACAUCGGUGUCAUGGUGAAACUCUAUCCCAAUAUGAGUGCUGUCCUGCUGCACAACUCACAGCUGGACCACAAACGGAUCAAACAUCCAAGUGCUUUGGGUUUAGAGGUGGGACAGCAGAUACAGGUCAAAUUCUUUGGACGAGACCCAACAGACGGCAGAAUGAGACUUUCGCGGAAGGUGCUUCAGUCCCCUGCUGCAUCUGUCGUCAAGACUCUAAGCGAGAAACAAAGCAUCGCCAUGCAAUCAAGCAACCACUCCGAUUUGUGACAUGACAACACAACGGGCCAACUUUUCAGGUUUUGUUACAAAACAGUCCUGCAGAGAAGAUAUCAUCAUAAACUGAAUCAGUGUCAUGCAGCUUUACCUUGUUGCUGUGGGUAUAUGGACAUGACUGACCUGCAGCUCAGCUAAGUGUCCUGCUGACAUUGUGCUACAAUGAAUUUGGAGAAUCUGAGGAGAACACUUGGAUAAUAAUGGGAAGGAGACAUGUUUUAUAUAUGUAUAUAUAUACAUAAAUUAUAAGUGUUGCAUUUUUAUGUUGUUUUGUUCUCUGAUUUUCCACCUCAGCUAGCCCUGACAGCAUCAAGCAGUAAGAAGAUGACAUUUCUUUCAGUUUCCCCCGACACAGUCAUCAAACAGGCACAACACAGUCUAAGAAUAGUUUUGUUAUUUACAUGUGUGACUAAUACUGCUACUUGUGGUAUACCACUUCCAUUUUUGGUGUCCACUGUGGCGGUGUGCCUUUGUGAGCUGCCAAGAUCAGGUUAUAGACAAAAAAAAAAUCAAAGUAGUAUAAGUGUACAGUUAUUAUUUUUUUAUUAUUCCCUGUAUACUGUUUUUGUUGCCUUUAUAGAAUAAGUGAGUCAUCUGUUAAUAAAACAGUGCCAGGUUGCUUUGUAGCAUUAAAAUUCACCACUGUUUCUAGAAAAAAAAAAGAAUCUAAACCACAAAGAAC